GCAAGGUGCAACCAGAAAAUUAUAUGACCAAGAGGGACCUGCCACCACAUUGGCAUCUCCUGGUUAAGUAAAAAGAGAAAAUUAUACAGGAAUGUGUUUUUUUAUUGGUUUCUGCCGUUUGAACAUCAAAUUAUGGACAUUUGAAGGACGAUCGAUUGAUUGUGCCGUUAAUGAUGUGGAUGAGUCAUCAUAUUGUCUUGCGGGAUUCCCACCGGCCACCUAGACGAAGGCUACUGACAAAUUGUGAUGUCCAAUCGUGAAGUGUUUAAGUUUACUGACGCCAAAAUCGAUAGGAAAGCCUAGGUUGCUUUAACAAGGUUUUCCAUUUUCCGUAUUACCAUUGUCAUUGAAAAUGGACUUCAUUAGUACCUGGUAGUUUUUUUUUCUUUCGUUGCCACUUUUCCUCCACAAAAGUAUUUGAUCAUGAACGUUGCGCAAUAUUUAUUUUUUUUAAACGACCUUCACAUUGGAAAUUCCUAACCUUCCCCCUUAAUUUCCGUAGUGUGAUUUUUAUAGUAGCUUACUUCAUUUUCCUUUUCUUCGUCCCAAGGACUUUGUGAAAAGCCCAGAAAUCUGCUGAUGUAUUUGACCAUAGAUAAUGACCAUGAUUCUAGUCGCUUUCACAGUCGUCACCUUUUCUACACUUCAUCGAGUCUCUUGAUCGCAUUUCCAAUAUGGUCUAGAAAAUUAAAAAGGGCAAGGUUAAUCAAAAAACGAAUAAAAUAUAAUCAUGAGUUUUUUUGUACGCCGUGAGCUCAACCUUCCGGAAUUAAGUGAAACGCAAUUAAGAUUAUUUUUGUUUGUGGUUUGAACUGAGUUGCCCUUGACCACUACUUCAAAACACCCAUUUAUAUUUGAAAUGCGAUACUAGAGAUUGAUUUAAAUAGCAGCAGACUAUGUUGAAUGUUAAUGAUACAGAAGCUUGCGAAGAUUUUGUCAAAGUGUUAACCGGUUCUCGUGAAAUUUACAGUUUUCUAAUUCUUCUUCUUCUUGUUCUCAUUCCAGAAAUAAUUACACUCGUUCGAAACCGGCCAAUUUUCCAGAAAACAGAGUCUGUAUAGACCCGCCUCUAUUUUUUGGCCGAUACACUCUGCUAUCGUUCAACCGCGUUCAACCACGUUCAACCACAACGGUUGCAAAUUUACGUAUCUCUAAUAAUUAUGGUCAAAGCAACAGUCUCUACAGCCCCAUAUGAGUUUGCUAUAAAAGCCCUGGAUUUCUUCACCAACAAACAGUGGCGAUCUAACUCGGUACGUGUGCAGAUAGUCGAGAGCAAUCCGUGUGAAAAUCUACCAACCAACAAAGUCAAGAGUCUAUCACCAAAUUCACACGGAGAAUGGACAGCGCAGAAUUCCGUCAGCGCGGUCGAGAGAUGGUCGACUACAUCGUCGAGUACAUGGAGACGUUGGGUGAGCGACGUGUGACUCCUUCCGUUGAGCCAGGAUACCUUCGUGAAAUUAUCCCGAAGAAUGCACCCGAAGAGGGUGAAAAAUGGGAGGAGAUCAUGUCGGAUGUGGAGUCUAAAAUUAUGCCCGGCGUUGCACAUUGGCAGCACCCGCGGUUUCACGCUUACUUCCCAUCGGGUAAUUCGUUCCCGUCCAUUCUUGGUGACAUGCUUUCUGACGGCAUCGGGGCCAUUGGUUUCUCCUGGGCCGCCAGCCCCGCUUGCACUGAACUAGAAACGAUCGUUUUAGAUUGGCUAGGGCAAAUGAUCGGCCUUCCGGACGAAUUUUUAUCCUUUUCUGAUAACAGCAAAGGCGGCGGUGUCAUGCAGUCUUCGGCUAGUGAAUGUGUCUUGGUUAGUCUUUUGGCUGCCCGUGCCCAAAAAAUCAAAGAACUCAAAACAUUGCAUCCAUUCGUCGAAGAAGGUGUCCUGCUUUCAAAAUUGGUCGCUUAUUGUUCGAAGGAGGCUCAUUCAUGCGUUGAAAAAGCGGCAAUGAUUGCUUUCACGAAACUGCGUAUUCUUGACCCCGAUGAGAACUUGAGUCUGCGAGGCACUACUCUGGCUCAGGCAAUCGAAGAAGAUCGAGCGCUGGGUUUGAUUCCGUUCUUUGUUUCAGCCACAUUGGGAACCACUUCCUGCGUCUCAUUUGAUAACUUGGCAGAAAUCGGCAAGAAAAAUAUUCCUUUUUUUCCCAACAAUUACGAGACAGAUUUAAUUAUUCUUAAUUUACCGAUAGGUCCGAUUGCUCAGGAGGCUGGAACAUGGCUUCAUGUCGAUGCAGCCUAUGCUGGUAAUGCGUUCAUCUGCCCUGAAUUCAAAUAUUUAAUGGACGGCAUUGAAUUUGCAAUGUCUUUCAAUACAAAUCCUAACAAGUGGUUGCUAACCAACUUUGACUGCUCUACUAUGUGGGUCCGUGAUCGCUUCAAGUUAACUCAAGCCAUGGUAGUAGAUCCACUUUAUUUGCAACACAGUCAUUCUGGAAAAGCUAUCGAUUAUAGGCACUGGGGUAUUCCUUUGAGUCGCCGCUUCCGCGCACUUAAACUAUGGUUUGUCAUCCGCAAUUACGGUGUAGCAGGAUUGCAAAAAUAUAUUCGCGAGCAUUGCCGUCUGGCCAAAUGUUUUGAAUCACUUGUUAAAGCCGACGAGCGCUUUGAAGUGUGUAACACUGUCAAGAUGGGAUUAGUGUGUUUUCGUGUGAAGGGUGACAAUGAACUGAAUCAGAAACUUUUGUUAAACAUCAACGCCUCUGGUAAACUGCACAUGGUCCCGGCUUCCAUCCACGGACGGUUUAUCAUUCGCUUCUGUGUCUGCGCACAAGAUGCCAAGGAUUCUGACAUUGAAUACGCGUGGAACGUGAUAACUGAUUUUGCGACAGAGUUGCUGAAUGAAGAGGUCAACCUAAGUAAAUCUGUAGUUUCUCUGGAUGGCCUGGAGAGCUGUGAUGAGGAGCUGGUUCAGCAUAUAGAUCAACUGGAAAUUUCAGAGCUGAUGGAUUUAAUGGAAACCGUACAAUUCCCUAUCCAAAAACCUCACAGAAAGCACGGUAGUUGGCUAAAACUACUUGGAACCAGAGUUAGAAAAAUUGUGAAGAAUGGUGAUUCUCAUUGAAUGUAAAUGUCUUUUCAUUUUCGUCUUGGUGCAACGUGAAAGCAAUUCCUAAUUUUUUCUCGCAUUCUUCUCAAAAUCGGUUGAAAAAGAUUAUCGUUACCGGACACAGCGUCAUGAUAUAUCAGGUGAUGGAACAAAUGGAAAUUUGGCAAUUAUUUCAUAUUCACAUAUUUUUGUUUAAAAAUCAUAUGAAAUAAAAUUGAUCA